AAUGAAACCAUAUUUACAAAUAAGAAUUGUAAUGAAAUUAUUUGUGGAAAAUUUUCAAAUCUUUAUGUUCUACUAUUGAUCUUGUUUUUGGUGCAGCAUCGAGGUGAAAGACGUGGGCUUGGCGGGAUUUUUUUUGAUGACCUUAAUGACUAUGAUCAGGAAAUGCUUCUUGCCUUUGCUACAGAGUGUGCACAGUCUGUUGUUCCAGCAUACAUUCCCAUCAUAAAUCGGCGGAAAGAAACGCCAUUUACUGAUCUACACAAGGCCUGGCAACAACUGCGUAGGGGAAGAUAUGUUGAAUUCAACUUGGUCUAUGAUCGUGGCACGACAUUUGGGCUAAAGACCGGUGGUCGGAUUGAGAGUAUUCUUGUCUCGCUUCCCCUAACUGCUAGAUGGGAGUACGAUCAUGAACCAGAGAAAGGUAGUGAAGAAUGGAAGCUUCUAGAUGCUUGCAUCAAUCCCAAGGACUGGAUUUGAGACUAGUCGUCUGUAAGUUUUGUAGCUGAAUGGUAAGUUUGGUUUUUGCAUUUGUAUCUUAUAAUACGUUAGUGCUCUUUGAGAUCCAUUCUUUUUUAAAUGAAAUAGAAAAGCCGUUCCUAUUGAAUAUGAGUGAAGUUCUCUUGUCCUCUUCA